AUGCGCGCGUGUUGUUUUUUGCCUGUCUGUCGCUCUGUCACUUUUUCCAUCCAUAUGUUCGCGGUCUUCUUUUUCUUUUCAUUCUCUUCUUUCUGUUUUUUUCGGUUUUCUUUCUUUAUUCUUUUUCUUUCUUUCUUUCUUUCUUUUUUCUUUCCUUCUUUUAUUCUUUACCUGCUUUUUUCUUCACCUUUCUUUCCUCUAAUUCGUAAUCUAUCCCUUUUUAUUUCUUUCCCCCAGAAUGACUCUAAACCCCCAUUCUUUCUUUCUUUCUUUCUUUCUUUCUUUCUUUCUUUCUUUCUCUUGCUUGUCAAUCAUUUUUCUUUCUUUCUUUUACAUCAUUUUCCUUCCUUUCUUUUUUGUCACCGUUUCCUAAAUUGUCUUUUCUUUCUUUCUUUCUUUCUUUCUUUCUUUCUUUCUUUCUUUCGCGAGUUUUCUUGGUCUUUUCUUUUCUUUUCCUUUUCUCUUUCGCCUUUCUCCCAUUCUUCUUUUUCAUCUGAUUGA